GGAUUUUCAUUUAGAGGCAGUCUGUGCUGCUAUUGACAACGUUUCGGGGCUUUUUCACCAAGUCUUUCCACGUUUUCUUUUGUCUGUUCAUUUUCAUUUUCUCCUCAUCGAUUGUCAAAGUUGAACGUAUUUUUGCUACAGCUUUCGUUACAGUUUUCUUACAGUUCACGACAGACUUCAGAAUGAGUAAAAACAGCAAAGUGUUGAACCUGAAGGAUAAAAUCAGUGGGAAUGAAGUGGACCUAAGCCUGAGUAACCUCACAGAGGUGCCAGUCAGAGAGCUCGGUUUAUUUCCUAAAGCAACUGUUGUGGACUUGUCAUGUAACAACAUUAUUACCCUUUCUCCAGAGUUUUGCAGUCUGACCCAUUUAGUGAGGCUAGAUCUGAGUAAAAACCAGCUGACUUGUCUACCAGAUGACCUGGGGAACCUGGUCAACCUUCAACAUCUGGACCUGUACAACAACAAGCUGACAGGGCUGCCUGUCAGCUUCUCUCAGCUCAAGAGCCUAAAGUGGUUGGAUCUGAAGGAUAACCCGUUAGAGCCCGGCCUGGCCAAAGCUGCAGGAGACUGUCUGGAUGAGAAGCAGUGCAAACAGUGUGCCUUGAAGGUUCUGCAGCACAUGAGAGCGAUUCAGGAUGAGGUUGAUCGUGCACGAGAGAAGCGCCUUUUGAGGGAAAAAGAGCUGGAGAAGAAGAGGGAGGCGAGGCAGCGGGAGCGGGAGGCCAGAGAGAGAGAGGCUCGUAAACGGGAGAAGGCAGAAGAGAAGGAGAAGAGGAGGAAGGAGUACGUCGCUCAAAUGGCAGCCGUGGCUGCGCAGGAGCAACAGAAGAAGAAGAAUGAGGAGAGGAAGAAAAAAAAUGGACAGGCAGCAGCAGAUAAAAAGGUGGUUGUGGAACCGGCACCUAAACCUCGGCGCUCUCUCAUUGGCCUGAUGUUUAAGCUCCUCCUCCUGUUGAUGCUGGGAUUGGCUGGAGUUGCCGCCGCCUGCCGGCUGACCGACCUGCAGAAGGAGGCCGUCUGCGUGCCAAUCAACACUGCCGUCGACAGCAGCUUGUCCUGGGCCAAAGUGCAAGAGGGCGUGAUCAGACAGCUGGUGCAGAAUCUGUCAUCUGCAGCUAAGGAGCUUCUUGAAUCAACACAAACAUCUAAGAACUAAACACAUAUGCGUCUGUCAGAGCCCAGAGGUGAAGGUUUUCCACUCUAACCUGUGGAUACUGGGAUUCGUUUUUUUUCUUUUGUUUGUUUUUACAUGCAGGAAACAUCGAAAUGGGCACCCCUGCUUCCCCUCACCCUGUUUUGUGGUGCUGGGAGGUGCAGUGUCUGUACAGAUAGACGUGUCGGGGAAGAAAUGUGUUAAAAUCAUUUUAAAUUCCUAUGGAAUUGUUGUCACUCUUGUACCCUCUUUGUACAACAGCUUGUUUUGUUUUUUAAAGUAAUCACUUGAAAUGUCUCCCUGUCAGCUGCAUUUUGACCGGCUGUUGUGCAGGUGCGUUCCCUGGAGCGCAGGCUGCAUUUGAGAGAUGUCCCGUGACAUGUCGCUGGAGUUUCCAUAAUCGUAUGUGUCAAACCACACAGCUCUGGAAAGUGAAGCCGAUAAACAGGCACACAUUUUGCCAAAGAUGCAGAAGGUGAUUUAUAAGCGGUGAACCAGAGAGCAAAAUGUCCAUCUCACUAAAAUAUAUAAGUUUCAUAUGAUCAAGUUUAAAAGGAUACUUGCCAAAGCUUUUUGUCAACACUGCAAAUGAGUUAUUUUUAUUAUUACUCAGUUCAAAUGAUCAGUUUCCUUGAAUAAUCCUUAAUCUCACAGUUUAAAAAAUGACCACUGCAACUUGCCAGAGUUAAAUGUGAUUCAGGUUAAGACUCAAAAACGCUCAAUUAGUUGAUUCAUGACAACCUUGACAGUUUUUCACUGUUUUUGAAUAAAAAAAAAACUUAAUGAACUCAUGUAAAACUUUUAUAAAUGAUGAAUUGAAACUGAAUAUAUUUGAAUAAACCUUGACAUUUCA